UGCCGGACUUUUUUCUUUUACGAACGGAAAAAGUCGAAAAAGAGGAGUACUAGUGGAGGUAGUCUACACUUUCGAUGGGAUAUGGCAUAACAUUACUGCUCCAUUUACGUUUCAACUGAAAUUUCCGCAGCCCUUGGCUCUAAAUGACUACUCCACUUUCACUUUCUGAUCACGUCACGACUCACGUGACUUAGUUUACUUCAGCUAAGUCGGUAACCUAUUCUUCAUUUUGGAGAUUUCAGUGUGUCGUUUGUUUGUUAGAAGAAACUAUGAGUGUUCAAAAUGUUAGAUGUGAAGACCAAGGCUUGGAAGACGCAGAAAGUCACUUCAAAGAAGCAUGCGAGAUCUUCAUGCGAGAAGCAAAGAGACUUCGCCAGGAGCAAGAAGCAAUCAACUCCAUGUCGAAGAAGCUGGAACAUGUUCACUUUUCCUCGACUGUUAAGCUCAAUGUCGGCGGCCACCACUUCACUACAAGUCUUCAAACACUAACCAAAGAUCCAAACUCGAUGCUGGCGGCCAUGUUUUCAGGGAAGUUUGAGAUGAAGCCUUCAGAGGACGGAACGUUCUUUAUCGACCGAGACGGAACUCACUUCCGGUUUAUACUCAAUUAUCUUCGUAACGGCGAGUUGAUAUUACCAGAAGGUGCAACAUGUCACAAGGAGCUUGAAGCAGAAGCUAAAUUCUAUCAGAUUCAAGGGAUACUGGAUGAGCUGAAGCCGAAGAAUUUCGAGGACUCGGUGAUUCUGACGAAUGAAGAGCAUCGAAGGGUGUUAAAAGUGUGGUUGUCUUCUCAGGAGGGCAAAUGGCACCUUCUGUUCCGAGCUUCUCGAGAUGGCUUCGCUGCUGCAACCUUCCACUCCAAAUGUGAUAAUAGAGGGCCCACUGUCACCGUUGUGAAUAGUGGAAACUACAUUUUUGGAGGCUUCAAUGAACAGUCAUGGACAAGCCCAGGAUCUGAUUCAUGGCUAACAUCCUCGCAAGCAUUUUUGUUUAGCGUGGUCAACCCGAAUGGACUGGGACCAACUAAACUGCCUCUCACCAAGAAUAAACAAAAUGCCAUCCACUGUGUCAGCAGCUAUGGACCCUCGUUUGGCGGAGGGCAUGACCUACAUAUAUCAGGGAAUGCAAACNAUCUAGAUAUGCAAGAGAAGAUCAAGAAAGUGCGAAACUCAACAAACUUGCGAACAAACUGUGAAGCACCUUCCCCGACGCUACAGUUAAACUUAGAAAGUAUGAGCGACCAAAAUCUUGAAAACAAAGAUCAACCACGUAAUCAAGUGCUGACAGACGCUGAAAAUCAUAUUAGAGAAGCGUGCGAAAUGUUACAACGAGAAGCAGCAAGACUUCGCCAGGAGCAGGAAACCAUCGACUCCAUGUCGAAGAAGCUGGAACAUGUUCAUUUUUCCUCGACCGUAAAACUCAAUGUGGGAGGCCAUCACUUCACAACAAGCGUUCAAACGCUGACCAAAGAUCCAAACUCGAUGCUGGCAGCCAUGUUUUCAGGGAAGUUUGAGAUGAAACCUUCUGACGACGGAACGUUCUUUAUCGACCGAGACGGAACUCACUUCCGGUUCAUACUCAAUUAUCUUCGCAACGGCGAGUUGAUAUUACCAGAAGGUGCAACAUGUCACAAGGAGCUUGAAGCAGAAGCUAAGUUCUACCAGAUUCAAGGGAUACUGGACGAGCUGAAGCCUAAAACACCGAAAACACUGAAGUAUUUCGAGGAGUCAGUAAUUCUGACGAUUGAAGAGCAUCGAAGCGUGUUGAGAGGUUGGCUGGCUCCUCGGUACGCCAAAUGGCGACUUCUGUUCCGAGCUUCUCGUGAUGGCUUCGCUGCUGCAUCCUUUCACUCCAAAUGUAAUAACAAAGGCCCAACUGUCACCAUUGUGAAAAGUGGAAACAACAUUUUUGGAGGCUUUACCGAGAUGUCAUGGACAAGCCCAGAUACUGGUUCAUGGUUAACAUCCCCGCAAGCGUUUCUGUUUAGCGUGGUCAACCCGCAUAGACUGGGACCAACUAAACUGCCUCUCAUCAAGAAUCAACAAAAUGCCCUCUACUGUGACGGCAGCUAUGGACCAACGUUUGGCGGAUGGCAUGACCUACAUAUAUCAGGGAAUGCAAACUCAAAUACCUCAAGCUACAGUAAUCUUGGCUACUCGUAUGACUGUCCUUCGGGACUGCAAAGCACGUUCUUCACGGGUGCUAAAAACUUUUCUGUGACAGAUUAUGAAGUAUUUGGUCUCCACAACUAACAUCAAAGCUUAAGAUUACAGUGGAUCACUCAGUAAAACCACAGGUUUGUGACACGAUUUUCCUGCAAUAUCCGCAGUGUAUUCAACAGUUUGCCGCAGAAAGGCCGUGGUGAAAAUACCCAGUACAUUUUAGAGUUAUUACAUUGCAAUGUACAAUAUUUUAUGAUGCUGUAGCCUGAAUAUAUAAGCAUGUCUACCAAGGGCGAGAAGCAAAAACGGUCAUUAAACGAAGAAUUCAAAACUCGUGUAGUGUAAUAACUGGAUAAUUUGAUGAAAUGUUAUUCUAAGAGAAAAUUAACAUAUCACUUACAUAUUCUAAUCUUCUAGAAGAUAGG